CACAAUUAUGCGUCGCUGGCGCAGAAUAAUGACGGGAUUCAGCGGCAACUUCGUCAGUGCGAGAUGUUGAUGUUUUGUACUUUAUUUAGCUCGUUUCACUGACUUUUUAUCGUCAACUCCUACCGUGGCUGGUAUGAAGCAGUGACCCAUGCUGUGAUGCCUCCAGUCAUGUCUCAGAUCAAUGAUCCAAAGGUUGCCUUUGCCUAUCUGCGCCCAGUCUGUGUGCUGCUCACCAAGGAGCCCACUGUGACCAAUGUGGAGACGCUGAGCGAACAGUUAAAAGACGUCCAUGAAGGCUCACUACAGCAGCUCCAAGAGUACGUCCUUUUCCCCCUCCGCUUUGUCCUUAAAGUCACUGGAGGGAAAAAGGAAAAGCUGGUGCAGGCUGUGGCCGAGGCAGUGAGCUAUGUUCUGGAGAGGACCUGUGUCCAGAGCUGGGACACCCUCCGUGACCUGUUCUCAGAGCUCUGCAGCUGCCUCUGCUCCCCCACAGACCCGGGUAAACCUGCAGAUACAUCAGAGGAGCUGAGAUCUGCCAUGCUGAGGUGCCUCAAUGCUCUGCUUCACGCUGCUUAUGGUGAUAUAGUCUUCAAACUCUAUGAACCCAUGAUGCUGCCUGAACUGGGUGCCGCCAUAUCGCUCCUGCUAAUUUUAGGGGAGAAGGACAAAUCCAGAGAUAUUCAGGCAGCAGCCUUGAAGUGCCUCCAGUCUUUGAUUCUGCAUUGUGACUGCACUCAGGAACACGUUGUCCCAUCAUCGGAUGAGCGAUGUUCUGUAGGUGGCACCAUGGCUUCGUUCUUACCUGGGAUCACUAAGGCUUUAGCAAGGAUCAUCACUGGAGAUCUCAGGCAAGGCCAUGCAGUUACUGUCAGAGCCAUUAAGGUGUGGUCCAGGUUUGUGGGGCUGGUCAUGGAGGAUUCCCAGCUGCAGAGCAGGCAGUCCUGUAAAACUCCCUCCUCAGACCUGGGUAGGAUCAGGCAGCUCGUGGUCCAACGUACUCCAGACUGGGUGAAGGGAACGGUGGAGAAGCUGUGUGUGCUGCUGAAGAGGAUCAUCUCCUGCACCUCAGCCCACCAGCACUGGAGGGUAAGGCUGGAAAUGGUGGAGCUGGCCGACCAUCUGCUGGCAACGUGCGGUCAGUCGCUGAAAGAGUGCGUGGGGCCGCUACUGGAAGCGCUGGUGGGAGCGAUCAACGACGAUGAGCCCAGAGUCAGAGAAAGGUGUGAGGUUGCUCUGAGAGACGUAUCACAGAGGAAUCAGAGUGGCACAGCCAGUAAGAACUUGACUGAUGUCUUGUCUGAGAAUCUCCACUCCUUAGCCACCUCCCUCCCCCGGCUGAUGAGGACCUCUGACGACCAGAAGAAGCUGUUUGUCCUCAAUGUGUUCCUUGGUUACCUGAAAGUCUUGGGACCACUCGUCUCUGUGGUACUAAACUCUGCUGCACACCUGGACAGGAUCUCUAAAGCAUUAAUGCAGGUGCUGGAGCUGGAUGUGAUGGAUGUGCGUAUUGUGGAGGAAAGGAGCUACACUGACCCCAUAGAUGGCUACUCAAGCUCUCAUGACUCCUACACCGCUCACACACAGCGGAAGCAUUUUCUGUACUUCACAGAUGAGAAGAUCUUCUCCGUGCUCAUGGAAAUCUGCCGAACAUUAGGUUACUAUGGCAAUAUCUACCUUCUCACUGAUCACCUCCUGGACUUGUAUCGGCAGUCGUCAGCGUACAGGAAGCCGGCCGCCAUGGUCCUGAACGAGAUGGUGAGGGGUGCUGCCGGCAUCGCUGUGGCAGCGCCGGCUAACCGUUUGGACGGGAGUGAGUUCCAGGGUCGCUCUGCGUCCACGGAAGACCUUAAAGCGACAGUGGUGUCUAUCCUGGAGGAAUACACCAGCCUGAACAACUGGCAUCUGAAGACUGUGAGUGAGGAGACAGACACAGACCGUCAGGAUCAAAAGCUGCUGAGUCCUUUCAGACUCCAGUCUAUAUCCAGCGGUGAAAUCAUCAGCAGUACUGCAAACUCUCUGCAAGUGAUUCCUUCUUCAUCCACCUCCCCUGCAACCCCAUCAUCAAUUUCCACGCUCCUUCAGCUCAAUAGCAACAUCUGGCAGCUGUGCAUCCAGCUUGAGGGCGUCGCCUGUUUCGCCCAGGCGCUGCGGCGUGACUUCCGCCCACUGCUGAUGACGUCACUCUAUCCUGUCCUGGAGAAAGCCGGAGAGGACACACUGCUCGUCAGCCAGGCGGCGCUGAGCACCAUGAUGGACAUCAGCAAGGCCUGUGGCUACUCCUCCCUGAAGGACCUGAUCAACGACAACUCAGACUACCUACUGAAUGACAUUUCAGUGAACCUGCAGAGGCUCAGUCAACAUCCUCAGGCUCCGAGGGUAUUAACGGUGAUGCUGGCUCACUCUGACUGUAGCCUGCUGCCUCUGAUCAGGGACAUAGUGCAGGAUGUGCUGAUGGCUUUGGAUCUCAGCUAUGACCACUCAGCUGCUCUUUUUUGCUCUGUACUUCACGCGCUCAUGAAGGCACUGGCCAGGUGGUUCCCUCCAUCAUGCUGUAGGACCAGUAAGUCUCUCAGUUUUAGGACUUCUGCUAAACAGGAAGAUUUUGACAUUUGCCAGUUCCUGUUGGAUUACCACAAGCAGAAGGAGUUGGCAGAGGGAACUGGGAUUGAAGAGGAUGAGACUGAGGACCUUGAGGUCCCCCCUCCUCCAGAGUGUGAGGAUGCUGAUGAUGCUGGUGGUCCUGAAGUGAAAGCAGAACUUCCCUCACACCUCAGCAUUACUAAAGACAUCAUGGAGCGUUGCAUUCACCUGCUGUCCGACCCCAGCCUCAGGCUCCGACUCAAGGUGCUGGAUGUGCUGGAGCAGUGUGUGUAUGUGCUGAGUGAAAGGGAAGAUGAGCUGCUGCCCAUGGCUCAUUGCUGCUGGCCGGCCCUGCUUCAGAGACUCACCGAUGAUCCAUUAGCAGUCCUCAGAGCCUUCAGGGUGCUGUGUACGCUGGGCGAAACCUGUGGAGACUUCCUGAGGAGGAGGGUUUCUAAGGAGGUCCUCCCCAAGCUGAGCUCCUCACUGGCACGGCAGGCUCCCGUCAGCGCCAAGGCCGGACCGGUCUACACCCACACCCUGGCCUACAAACUUCAGCUGGCUGUGCUGCAGGGGUUGGGUUCAUUGUGUCAGAGGCUGAAUCUGAGCGAGGCAGACCUUGAUGCUGUUUGUGAAGCCUGCCUGCCCUACCUGAGCUGCAGACAGCCCAUCAGACUACAAGAGGCUUGUCUGAGCGUUUUUCGACACUUAAUCCAGGUGGAUCCGGACACCUUCUGGUUUACAUUAAAUGAGAUCCACUGCCCUUCUUCCUACACACCACCCCACCCCGACCUCCAGCCUCUGCAGCUGAGCGGGAUGGGUAGGCCAAGAGACGAGUACUCGGACAACGUGCUGAAGCUGCUGAGGGAGGAGUUUGGCUCGGACUCUCUUACACAUAACAAGCCAGUCAUCUGAAUGAGAUGCUGAUUGAUGAGACGGCCUCAGCAUUGACUGCAAAGGUUCAAUUAACUGAAAAAAAGAAUCUGAUAACUUUCAUGUUUGCCUGUGUUUAACAUCAUGGUUUAGGAUAAAAUGGCAAAUGUUAACAUUUGUGCAUAUGUCCAACCCAGGAACAAAGUUGGUCGGUUUUUUUAUGCAUGCUCACAGGUCUGAGCCUGCAUUUCAUCUGUCUGUCGGACAGGUGCACAUUGUAAAUGCUUAUUAAAUUUUCAUUUUCAUGUCAUUUCUUUAUUCUUCAAAGAAGUGACUAUGUCACACUGCUUGGUUUAAAUAAAUUAACAAUUUGACAACAUAAAAACA